AAACACGCUAGAGGACGCUGAAAUAGAAGAACCAAUCAGCUUCGGGGAGGGGCUGGUCUGGCUCAAAAAUAACGGGUCCAAAUAUCUAUCAAACUGUGCUCAUUUACAUGGCGUUGGUUAAUAAUCAUUACGGGGUUCAUGGGCAGUAAUGGUAUGAUGUUGUUGGUGUGCGGUACACAGUUGAAGAAGAGGCUGACCGUCGAGCUGAGAAAACACUGAGGUUUAGUUCUCUGAUGUGGGUCUCCUGACGGUGAAAUGUCUCUGGCUCAGAGGGUUCUGCUGACCUGGGUCUUUACCCUGGUUUUUCUCAUCAUGCUGGUACUCAAACUGGAUGGGAAGGUGCAGUGGAACUGGUUCCUGAUCUUCCUUCCAGUCUGGGUUUUUGACGGCAUCCUCAUCCUUAUGCUUGCCAUCAAGAUGGCAGGUCGUUGCAAACCUGGGUAUGACCCACGCAACGGUUCUCCUGACCUCCGUCUGCGUACCUGGUACCUCACAGCCAUGCUGCUCAAACUGGGCUUCUUCUUGACACUGUGUGCCAAACUGGAAAAACUAGCUGAUGUCAAGCUGACAUUUGUCCUCAUACCUCUGUGGGCCAUGAUGCUGGGAGCACUGGUAGAACUAGGACUGAACAUCUUUCCUGAAAGGAGAGAGGUUUAACAUCUGUUUAGGACUUGAUAUUUAAAAUAAAAAAAAGUAUAAAAAAACAUAUGAAAAUGUGUUAGGCUAUUUGUGUGGCCUGCCUGAGCCAUCUUGACUGGCUCCUAUUGUUACAGCGUACUUUAAAGAGGAGAAUUGUGGCUGUUCAGUUCAACAUCUGAAUGUUUUAGAUAAAUGCUGCUAGUGACUCAUUUAUUGGGGGAAAAUAAUCCUAAAAGCUUCAUAUAUAUAUAUAUAUAUAUAUAUAUAUAUAUAUAUAUAUAUAUAUAUAAUGUCUUACUGUGAAGCCAACACUGGAGAUAAAAAAGCUGUUUAGUGUUAUUUUGAAUUUACAAUAUUCAGCAUCACUUUUAAUUAUUUAACUAAUCAUUUCCUGUUAAGGGUUUCAAACGCAUGUUUCUAUUUAAAUUGUACAUGUGUGCGGCUGCAUUCAGGGCGGCUGUACCCUUUCUCAUCACUUCUGAGCUGUUUGCUUUGCUUAUUUAAAUAUGAUACAAGCAUAUUUAUAAAGAAAACACGCUGCUCUUCAUUUGACUUUUACUGGGUUGAUUUUUACUUUGUAAAAUACGUGUCCAGUUAUAAACUGUGAGACUGUGUUAAAAGCAGAUUGGGCUGUAUUAUUCUGGCACUCCAUGACCUGUUAUGGAUAUUUUAUUCUUUGUGCAUAAGUUUGAUUUGUGCCAAUGAUCCAGAUGUUUUUUCCAUCUGCACUUUAUUGAAAUCCGUUUUGAACUUUAUGCAUGUGUUGUAGAAUAAAUGAUUUAAAUUGA